GAGUAGAUCUAAUAUUAAAUUAUUUCGGCCAUUUGGUUGGAAAACCUACUGCACGUGGAUAUGUGCGGUGGUGAAAAAAACCCGACUUAUCGGCACACAGCACGCAGUGUCAUUAAACAUAACAAAAAAACACAGUCGGAAAAUGGACUUGUGGAAGAACCAGUUGGGCUGCAAAAAUGUUCCUGCCCAGGGCAGCUAACAAUGGGAACCAUGCAACCUGUGUUUACCCACUCGCUCUUACGUAUUUCCCCUGCCCUGCCAAACCAAACCAUCCAGCAAAGAGAGAUAGCCGGCUGACGCCCCACCUCAGUUAUAUUCCCGACGCCGUUUGCAGCACGACGUCUCUGAGACUCGGUCGGUCUUACGAAAAGAAGAGCAUCGCCACCCAUCACCACCAGCUCUGAAAACAUCGCUGCGUGUGCGGCUAGAGCUGGGAGAUUUUUUUUUGGGGUGCUGCUACUACUGUUGCUACUGCUGGAGACGACGGGACGCCAUGUAUCGGCCGUGAAGCUCGAGUUUGCGUGGAGAAAGAGGAACGCGAUUUCUAUUCUGCCGCUUCUCUUUCGUCGCCUUCAGUCACAACUACGGGGAACUUUGAACCCAACGUGUUUGAAACCUACAGCAGCAGCAGCUUCCCACCGUUCCAACUGUUCACAUCAAUGUUACUUCUCAAGACACGCCUGUGUAUAGAUUUCCCUUGACCCCUGGACUGAUCUGGGAGGCAGGGCAGGCGAGCGGCUGUGCUUAAAGCAACAGGAUGAAAGACAGAUUGCAAGAGCUUAUUACAAUAUCGCACAAGACCGAAGAUGAGAAAUCGGUCGUGGAUGACGAAGUCGACAGCAGGCAGGAAUCCGUCAUCUUUGAGCAUGAAUCCCCCAUCCCAGCCCUGCACGAGGAAACCGAGGCGAUCCAAGAUGAAAUCGAGCGCCUCCAGUCGGACGUGCGGCGCAUGGGCAAGCAGAACGCGCGCUUCCUCACCUCCAUGCGGCGUCUCAGCAGCAUCAAGCGCGACGCCAACGCGGUGGCGCGCGACGUGCGCCUGCGCGCCGAGCGGCUGCACAAGCGUCUGCAGCUGCUGACUGCCAGCUGCGAGCAGCUCGAGGCGCGGCAAGGGGCACAGUCGGCGGCGGCGCGCAUCAUCCGCGCGCACGUCAAUACCCUCACCCAGCGCUUCCACCAGGUGAUGCUGGAAUACAACGCAGCAGAGAUAGCGCAGCGGGAAAACUGCAAGCGGCGCAUCGCCCGGCAGCUGGAGAUCCUGGGCUCGCAGCCGGCGUCGGACGCUGAGCUGGAAGAACGCAUCGAGCAGGGCAACUGGGAGGUGUUUGCCAUGGGCAUUCUUGGGGAGACGCGCUCCGCCAAGGCAGCCCUCAACGAGAUCGAGCAGCGCCACCAGGAGCUACUCAAGCUGGAGCAGCGGCUGCGCGAAGUCCACGAUCUCUUCUUGCAAAUGGCACUGCUGGUGGAAGAGCAGGGCGAGAUGGUCAACAACAUCGAGAACACGGUGACCAACACGCAGGACUACAUCGCGCAGGCCAACGAGACUUUCCAGAAGGCCAUCAAGUACCAGAACCGGAACCCGUUCCGGAAACUGUUGCGCUGCUGCUGUUGCUGCUGCUACAGUUAACACCUGCCCUCCUCCACUACGUUAUCUACGCUUUUAGCUGACCCCGCGGAAGAUCGGAUCACGCCCCCAACCUUCCACUGACAUUGUCUGCUGCGAAUUCUGCCUGUCUCCCACGUGCUGACUUACAACCUUCCCGGCCCGGCAAAAGCUUUUUUCGAUUAAGAGUUUGCCGGCUGGUUUCCACGGAAUAUGUUACUCCAGGAUUAAUCCACAUGUUGAGUAUUUCUUCUCUGCAAGCGUCGCCAUGCACUACCUCUGGAACACUUUCAGGAUUUGUUGAAGCUCAACUCCUGAAGGUGCCCCGCAGUAGUGCUGCAAAAUCUCAAAAGAAUAAAAUCUCAAUGCGCGGCCUAACCCAGAAGACCACUGCUUGGAUUACGAUUUUCUGCAGAAGUCUGCGUGCUAAUUAGUAUGCUUAAUUGUUAACUCAGUUUUACCCCCCUGAGUGCAUGUUUGUCUGAAGCAGAAACGUUCAUGCUUAAUUACUGCAUGCAUUCAUCACGCACUUGUGGGAAAUUGGAUGCCUGCUUAGCUGCAGGGCCACAUCAAUCAUUUCCUCUUUGGCAGUAGGCGACGACCGUCGCGCAAUGCAGUUGUCGCCGUAAAUGUUUUCAAGAUAAAGUGUGUUUGUCAUGCAGAGUAACUAUUACCAGGUCAACUUGACUGUCAACAAAAAGGACGACGUAGCUGUGCAAUUCUAGGAAUUUCUAUGCAGUCAAACUGAAUCCACAUUAACAGUUGAAUGUUUGAAAAAUCCAACAUUAUAUAUGUAUAUAUUUUUUUAAUGAAAUGCUAAAAAGAAAAAAAUAGAAAAAAAUAUCAAAUGCAGACUGGCUAAGCCUUACUGGAAGAAUCAAUCUGUCAGUGUCCAUUUCACAUGUAUGCUUUGUGUUGUUUAAUAUAGCCUUAUUAAAGAUGUGAGGAAGAUAUUGCUUGUACUAUCUUUAGAUGAGUUGUAAUAAAGGUUUAAUUUAAGAACUGCAAUGUUAAAUAAUUCCUGUCCACUUGGAUUAACUCCUUCUGAGCUCAGCUCUGCUGGCUUAUCACACCAACAGCAGAUGCACACUGCAUUUAAACUAAUUGAUUCAAACAAAUGUUCAGAGAUUUACCAACUUUUAGUUAGGUCCACUGCCCAUCACAUCCUGGUUCUUUAACAUUGGAAAAGUUCAUAAUCACUUGCUUAUUAUCUUGGCAUCACUUGCUCAAGGUUCAUAAUAAUGUGGCAUCACAUGCUUAAGCAAGUUGAGUGAGUGCACCAACAGUGAAGAUCUCACACUGCUAAGCUUCUGAUAAGGGAUUUACAAAUAAAGGCAUGUGUUCAUUGGUUUUGUUGGCGCCCAAACAGGUUGUCAGUUCUUGCCAUAUUUAUUUUUACCAUCACUGUAUUUUGUACGCUUUCUUGUUAUUACCGUAAGAGUUAAUUUCUUUUAAAAUUAACUGACACAACUCUUUCAACUUAUACAUGUAAAAACAAAUGCAAUACCAUUCACUGGUAAUCAUUUUGUUCAGCCUAUGCAAAAUAAAAUAAUUCGCACGAACGAAAUGGGCACAAUGUUAUCUUGCUUUUCUUCACACGUUUAACUAACCCCACCUCUGCAUCACCACGUAAAAGUAAGCUAGCAACUUGAAGUUGCAUUCUACUUUGAGAGUUUUUCCCCCCCAAAACGUUCUUUAGUGUAGAGAGCAUUAUCGGUGCAACCUAUUCAACCUGUUUAAUCCAGUGCUGCUGCUGCUCACUAUUGGCUUCAGAAAACGCACUGCACGGUACCGUUAAUGCAAAUUAAAAUAGCAAUGUGUCAUUACCAGUGGGGGAACUCCAUUUUCGUACUGCAUUCCUUGCUGCAUUUAAAUCAUUGUAUGUACAUAGCAUGCUAACAGUAUAUGUAACCGUAUUUUUCUAUUUUACGAUCGUGUGAAUAAAGUUGUAAAGAAGGAAUCCAUUCCAACUAUUGUCCCUUUUUAAGCACAAAUAC